AUGUAUGAUGAGGGAGAUGAGGAUGCAAUCUUCAUCAACGACUUUGAGGAGACGCUCAUCGAAGUUGCGCAGGAGUCUCCAGAGCUUGCAAGCUGUUAUGCAACGUACCUUGAGGCCCGAACAAGACUCAGGGAACGAGCACGAAUCAGGGGCUUCUGGCCGAUGAGUGGUCCAGGUGCCGGCAAGGGCAAGGGGAAGAAAGGAAAGAUGGGGUCCAAGGGCACCAAGUUCCGAUCUUUAGCAGAUCGAAUUGCCUCAUCAGCCUGCAGGAAAUGUGGACAAUUUGGGCAUUGGAAGCGUGAGUGCCCCCUCAACCUCACCAAGGGGGACAACAAGGGCAAGGGCACCACGGAGACCAUCUCCAUCGCAGAGGCGCUCUUUGCUCAUCCUGAAGACCUUGAGGAUCAGAUGCCUGCCAUGGAGUUGAUCGACGAGCUCCCAGAAUCUGCCGAGGACCUAGGUCUCCAAUCAGAUCGAGUGUACAUGGAUGCACCCGAUCGGCAGUACAAAGUCCCACCAGGGAUCACGAAUCUGCAGCAGUGGGGCGAGACCAAGAUUCCCUCGGGAGUUCAACAGGGACAGACCUUUGCGGAGGUGUACAACAAUCAUCCCUGUUACAUUUUCCAGAUCCGAAACCGCAAAGCAGUGUCACCGUGGCUGAGGAAUCUACAGAACUACGUGAUUGCCCGGCAGAAGUACGAAACACUGAAUCAGGUUCCCAUUCUGCCAUCAUCGGCGGGAUUGGGGCAGUCAUCGAAGUCACCGACAACCACUCGACCUUCGGCACCUCAGGGAAAGACCGAGACAGGGUGGGAAGUGAUCACCAAGACAGGAGCAUCGUCCGCCAAUGCCAAGAAGACUCAGGCAUCCAAGCGGACCACAUCCGAUUGGGAGCAGCCCAACAAGACCAAGAUGACCGUGGAACAGAAUGCCGAGCGAGUGCAACAGAUCCAGACGCAGAUUGCCCUCCUUCAGAGGGAGCUGGCGCGGGAGACACAGAUUCCGGAGGAAGAGGACAUCUGA